AUGGGUCGUAUGCACAGUGGUGGGAAAGGGAUUUCAAGAAGUGCUUUGCCUUAUAGGCGAUCUGUCCCAACAUGGCAAAAAAUGACGGCAGAUGAAGUGAAGGAGCAGAUAUACAAGUUAGCGAAAAAGGGAUUAUCACCAUCUCAAAUUGGUGUUAUUUUGCGUGACAGCUUUGGUGUCGCUCAGGUCAGGUGGCUAGCUGGAAACAAAAUACUUCGCAUUCUGAAGUCCAAGGGUUUGGCACCAGAUAUUCCAGAAGAUUUGUACCAAUUAGUCAAAAAGGCAGUUGCUAUUCGUAAACACUUGGGCAGGAAUGCCAAGGAUAAAGACAGCAAAUUCAGACUUAUUCUGGUUGAAAGUCGUAUCCAACGUUUGGCACGCUACUACAAAAGAAAAAGAGUUCUACCACCUAACUGGAAGUAUGAUAGUUCCACAGCGUCAACACUGAUUGCUUGA